AUUAGCUACAAGAAUAAUAUUUUGAAUAUUCAGGCACUCUAUGCAUAGUAACUACACGUGGAGUCCGUUUAUAAUGACUUCAAUACAAGCCAUUGUUGUGCACAGGAAUCGACGUUUUGGUUGUCAUUCAUAAUCAAGUGAUUCAACACUUUUUCAUACAAAACAAUACACUCGUUAUCAUUGCAAGUGAUGGCAGUGGAGGAGUUGGCAGUGAAACGGCUGCAAAAGGACUACAUGAACCUGUUGACCGACCCGGUCGACAAUAUCCUCGCUCAUCCCAUCGAGCAAAACAUCUUUGAAUGGGUGUAUGUGCUGCGAGGCCCGGUGGACACCGCCUACUACGGGGGCAUAUAUUACGGAAAGUUGGUGUUCCCCAAAGAGUACCCAUUGAGGGGCCCCUCCAUCUAUAUGACAACUCCUUCCGGCAAAUUCAAGACUAACCAUAAGUUGUGUGUUUCGGGUAUAAGUGAUAUGCACUCCGAGAAGUGGUCGCCCUGUCAUACGGUGUCCACCAUUUUGAUCAGUUUAUUCAGCUUUAUGGUGGACGACAAGUGCGGUCCCUUUUCCGGUAUGGACACAGACAUCCUCCGGACACCACCCGCCCUACAGAUAGACAAACAGCGAGAGUUGGCCGCCAAGAGCUGGUCAUUUAAUCUGAACGAUAAGACAUUUUGCAAAUAUUUCCCACAACUCGUCGAAGAGGCGAAGACUCGACCACCAAAUUGAAUUUCAAUUGAAUUUUAUAAAAUAAGUUAUUUCCUUACAUUUAUAAUAACGUUUGCAUAGAAUCUACUGUUAAAUCAACC